AUGGAUACAGAAGACCUGGGCUCAGAUAAACUAGGUCAAAUAUUGAAGCAGAUUUGGAGACAAAACCUGGCUCUGAAGCAGGCUGUCCUUAGCAAUGAUUUUUACGAAGAGACUGGUGUGUCUACUUGGCUAGCCACAGUGGUCUUUCUGGGUCAAGAUCUCAGUGGAGCCCUUCACCAACUUUUGGAGCACACUGCAGGGACCGUGCACUCCACCUGCCAGCAUCUGCAGGCACUGCUUGACACGGAGAGCCCGUGCAUCUGGAGGAAGGAAAUCAUUCCUGUCAGAGACUGCCUCGUGAGAAUAAAUGGAUAUUUGGGGAGUACUGCUACACUUUUAAAGAAAGAAGAAAAGGAGAUGUGUAAUUUACACGGCAUGCAUGAUGAAUGUAGUCCGCUAGAGACAAUGCCUGUCAUUCAAGAUACCAAAGCAACAGACCAUGCUGGAAGAAGGGAGCUAAAUGUCAUAGAAGCUGCUACUGUUUCCCCUCCAAGUGGGGGGGAAAGUCAUUACAUGAACCAGGGCCAGUUAAAUAAACCACACUUGAGUUCAGAAUUAAUGGAAAAAGAGGACAACACAUCAUUGAGUGGAAAUGUAACAGGACAAGGAGAGCCACAGAACAAAAUGUGCCCAGAUAAAGCAGAAAAUGAAGAAGAUAAACAAAUAGACCACAUGACUGCUGGGAGCAUAAAUGACAACAGGGAAAAGAUUCAUAACAUAAGCCAGACAACAGAAGGAGAAAUUCAAGCGAUUUCAGAAAGCCAAAGAGAAGAGAUGACCACAUCCUCAAUAACAUGUAAUGGCUUUAAUAACUAUGUGACUAGUUUUCUUCCCAAUGAUUCAGAGGGUAAAAGCACAGAGAAAGUCAUCAUGGAAAAGGAGUUUCUUGAUGUGUUGAGUGAGGAAACUGGACCCCAAGUGUCUUGCUUUAUUACAGCACCAUCAUAUGUCUUACAACACCUAGAAUGCCGAAUAAUUAAUAGCAUGAGUUCUUUAAUAGUUAAUGAUAAUGAAGAGUUGGUCAGUAAUGUCAUUGCCAUUGAGUUCUCAGCUCAGGACAAGAGCAUCCCUUUUCCAAUAGGCAUUGCAAUCCCAUUUACUGCACGUUAUAGGGGAAACUACAGAGAGGUCAUGGUGAAAGUGUCAGACCUAAGUCUUCAAUCAAGUUAUCUAACCACCAAUGCAAUAGAAGGCCCAAGAGGAAGUUAUAAGGGUACCUGUGCCGAAGUGAAAGUUUACAAAUUGGGUAUCUUUUCUGUGGUGUCCUGUUUAAAGAAAGAGUCUUUCACCGUGACAAAGAAAGGCUUCACUCUUCAACCAAGCAUGGACCCUCGGAUAGCCUUAAAUUACCCCUCAGGAGUUUUCAUCUCAUCAGUGCUUGUGCAAUUGAAGGUCCAACCAAUUGACCCCUCUCUUGUGACAUAUUUAACAAAGCAAGAGUCUUCCUACUCAGUAGUAUCUACAAGCCCUCUGAUUCACAUUAAGCACCCAUCAACAUGCCAUUUUCAAAAACCAGUAACUGUAUUCCUACCUUGUUCUCCACACCGUGAUAAAGAGAAGCGACGUUCUGAAAUAGAUCAUAAAAGUACAACUAGUAUUACAACCAACAGGGUCACUCCUUUAUACCUCAAUUGGACAAAAAAACUUUCCAUAAGAAAACCUGGGAGCAAUGCCUGUGAAUCUUUGAAAUUACUAGGAUUCAGGAGCCAAGAUGGUGGUUGGUUUGGGCUUGAUGAUGUUGCGGUGAGACCCGUGCAGAGCGGCCUGGUAUCAUUUGAAUUGCUUCAACAUUUAGAAAGAUUUAUUGUGCUUCACCUCUCUUCCACUGUGGACAACGGCCACUUGGUUUCUUUUGUGAAAUCUUUAGAGGAAGCGAUACUCAGCACUACUGUCUGCAUAGUACUGAAUUACCAGAAAGACAACCCACGUAAAGCCGUGAUUUUAGUGGUACCCUAUAAAGAUGUAACUGAGGAGCUUAAGACCUUGUACAGGGGAGGGUUCCAUGGGCCUCCAGAGCCAUCUCGUCGUUUCCAAUUAAGAGAAGGAGAACAACUUCUUUUAAGGUUUACUGGAAAUAUAUUUGCUUCAAGCAAUGGGAAAGAUUAUGGAAAAGACUACAAGAUUACUUUUCACGUACAAAGAAAACCCAAACUAGAACUUCAACUCAAAGAGGUGGACGAAUUUGGAAACUAUAGCUGCCCUCAUUAUAAGGGCACCAUUGAAGUUUAUAAAGUACCCAGAGAAAAGGUAGUCCCUAACUUGGAGAAAUCUCUGCUACUUAAUGAAAACCGUUUUCAGUUACCAAUGUGCAAAUUACCAUUAAGCUUGCCAAAGCAUGAAAAAUUAAUCAACCGUCCACAGCGUACCAAAAUAAUUUCUUCAGAUCCUCUAGAAGCCCUUUGGGAUAACUUGCUGUACUGGCUGGGGGAGGAGCUCUCAGAAGAGGACGCUGCAUCCCUGGCCUCCUCCCUCCCUCUGCGCCACAGCACCGUUCAGCUCAUCAAACUGAAGAACGCCGGCAAUCUCACCGAACAGUUUCACGAACUUCUUUCCUUCUGGAAGAAGUCGCUCCCAACUUCCACCGAUAAACUCCGCCUUUUGGCUCGUCAUCUCCGCAAGAUCGGCAGGGGUGAUCUUUCAGAAGAACUCAAGUUCAAAUGGGAGAACAGAGUGUUCACUGCACCACAGCAGUGGCUGGAAAUGGCAGAGUAA